CAAUAUGUCCAUACGUUAUAAUUUCCAUCUUAUCAAAAUCAUUUUUUUUUGCUAAAGGAUGGGUUGAAAUUGCUAAUGUAAAUAUAGAUUUUAUUUAUAAAUAUGUGUUAUGCAGAAGAAAUAGAUAAACAGGCUUCUCCAUUACAAUCAGCGUGUGCUGGUGGAGCGGCUGGUGCUGUUACAAGAGCAGUAGCACAACCGUUGGAUGUUUUAAAAAUAAGAUUUCAAUUACAAACUGAACCUAUUAAACUAGGCUCUAAAUAUAGUUCAAUAAUCCAAGGACUGUCUUCAAUUGUAAAGGAAGAAGGGUUCUUCGCACUAUGGAGCGGUCAUAUACCUGCUCAAUUGCUGUCAAUAUCUUAUGGUAUUCUACAAUUUUCGACAUUUGAAAAACUUACAGAAUUAUCCAAGAGAUCAGAUCCCAAUUUUUAUUUUGAACAUAAACAUUGGCUUAACUUUACGAAUGGGGCCACCGCGGCAACAGUAGCUACGAUAGUUUCAUUCCCAUUUGAUACUAUAAGAACAAGACUAAUUGCAGAACAAAAGACACAGAAAGUGUAUAAAGGAUUUUUAAAUGCUUUCUCUAUAAUUAUUAAGACUGAAGGAAGUAAGGCAUUGUUCAAAGGUUUAGUACCAACAUUAGCCCAGAUAGCACCUCAUGCAGGAAUUCAGUUUGCAGUGUACAAAUUAUUAAGGGAUAAUGUUUUUAAUAGGAUAAAAUUUUUUCAGAGAUCUACAACAUUUGGAGUUAUUGAAUCAUCAUUGUUAGCUAAUUUCUUGGCGGGUGGUAUAGCAGGAAUUGUGUCUAAAACUGCUAUUUAUCCAUUUGAUAUUGUUAAAAAAAGGUUGCAAAUACAAGGAUUUCAGCAACAUAGAAAAGGCUUUGGUAAACAAAUGUAUUGCAAUGGAUUAUUAGAUUGUAUUAAACUUACUAUAACUAAUGAAGGGUUUUUAGCCCUUUAUAAAGGUUAUGGGCCCAGUGUACUUAAAGCUAUUCUAGUUUCAGCUCUACACUUUUCAGUUUAUGAUGAAAUUAAAUACUUUUUAUUGAGAUUAUCACAUUAAUAUUUGAAUAUUCACUUAGUCAAAAUUACCAUUUUAUAAGAGACUAGCUUUUGUCCGUGACUCUAU